GGGCGCUGACAGCAGGGGCGGGGGGUCCCCCGCCGCCCGCCGCCGCCCGUGUCUCCCGCAGGCUCCCCGGCUGAAGGGCAAAGCGGAGCCCACCGGUUCCCAGGGACGGCCAUGAGCCGACCCCUGGCGGCGUCCGCGGAGGCGGAGGAGGAACUGGAGUGGCAAGUGGCGAGUCGCCGGAGGAAGGCCUGGGCCAAGUGCCGCAGCUCCUGGCAGGCGUCGGAGACGGAGGACCUGUCCACAGAAGCGACGACGCAGGACGAGGACGAGGACGACGAGGAGGACCUCCCCGGCGCCAAGUUGCCGGCGGCCGCAGGCAGAGGGAACGUGCCCAACGAGAAGAUCGCGAUAUGGCUCAAGGACUGCCGUACGCCUUUGGGAGCCUCGCUGGAUGAGCAGAGCAGCAGUACACUGAAGGGUGUACUUGUGAGAAAUGGAGGAAGUUUUGAAGAUGAUUUGUCAUUGGGAGCUGAAGCCAACCACCUGCAUGAAAGUGAUGCUCAAAUGGAAAAUUGCAAUAAUAUCUUGGCCAAAGAGAGAAGACUACAAUUUCAUCAGAAGGGGAGAAGUAUGAAUUCCACUGGAUCUGGAAAAAGCAGUGGGACAGUGUCAAGUGUUUCAGAAUUGUUGGAACUUUAUGAGGAAGAUCCUGAAGAAAUUCUUUAUAAUCUUGGUUUUGGACGGGACGAACCAGAUAUUGCUUCUAAAAUUCCUUCCAGAUUUUUUAAUUCAUCAUCAUUUGCCAGAGGGAUAGACAUUAAAGUAUUUUUGAGUGCUCAAAUGCAGCGGAUGGAAGUAGAGAACCCUAACUAUGCUUUAACAAGCCGUUUUCGUCAAAUUGAAGUGCUUACUACUGUGGCCAAUGCGUUUUCCUCUUUAUAUUCCCAAGUCUCCGGGACUCCCCUGCAGAGGAUUGGGAGUAUGUCUUCCAUGACAUCUAACAAAGAGGCAGAAUCUCCUCCUCCUUUGACUCGAAGUAACACUGCAAAUCGAUUAAUGAAAACACUAUCAAAACUGAAUUUGUGUGUUGAUAAAACAGAGAAAGGGGAAAGUAGUAGUCUUUCCCCAGCAAUUGAAAAGGGAAAAAUUCUAAAUGUCUCUGUGAUCGAAGAAAGUGGCAAUAAAAUAGACCAGAAGUCUCAAAAGAUCAUAAAGAAGAAGGACUCAUCUCCUCUGCUGGCAACAGUGAAAGAGGAAGUCUCAGGUGGUUCAACGGCUGCUGCAGAAAAUGCUGACACCGACAGAUUUUCUGAUGAAGCAAAUAGCAAUUUCCACCAAGAAACUGAACAAAAUAAAGAAACUCAGUGUCUUGAGAGUAAUCUGGGUGAGGUAUCUGGCAUUAUCGAAUCUGAUUUAGAUAACAAUCUCAAUGCAGCUAGCCAUGGUGUGCUAGAAAAUAGCAGUGAUCUGAGAAAUGUCCCUCUGUCCACACCUGAGAAAGAGCCCUGUGCACUGCUCCCAAUCCCUUCCAUAAGGAAUCUUCUGACCCAGCAGCAGAAGGACUCGUUUGAAAUGGAGGAGGUCCAAAGCACAGAAGGAGAAGCUCCUCACAUUCCAGCCACUUACCAGCUAGGCCUCGCCAAGUCAAAAAAAGAUCAACUCUUACGGACUGCAAGUCAGCAUUCUGAUAGCAGUGGUUUUGCUGAAGAUUCUGCAGACUGCCUCUCACUGAAUCAUCUUCAGGUUCAUGAGUCUUUGCAAGCCAUGGGGAGUAGUGCUGAUAGCUGCGACAGUGAGACAACUGUCACAUCACUUGGUGAAGAACUUGUUACACCAACAGCACAAGAUCAACCUUAUUUUAAUGAAUCAGAGGAGGAGUCUCGCAUCCCUCUUCAGCAAGGAAGAGUGAAGACCACAGCAGGAGCUGACCAGAAACAAUCAGAUAGCCAGGAUUUGGCUCAGCUUGAGACUAUUGAGGAUACAGGAAAGAAACAGCUCUCUUGCAAUCCAGAUCACUUCCCUGAAACUGAGGGGGAUUUGCCUGCAGAGCAGACAGUGGAGCCGUGGAAGGAAGCCAGUGCUGAAAGUGAUGUGGAUAAAAGCAGUGAAUGUGAAUUUGCCCAGUAUACCACACAUCAUAUUCUGAAAUCACUGGCGUCUAUUGAAGCUGCCACAUCCAGUGACGUGAGUUCAGAGAACAAGACGAAACCUCUCUCCUCUGUGGAAAGAGUCAGUACAGCUUUGCAAAGAGCUCAAAUGAAGGUUUGCAGUCUGUCUAAUCAAAGAGUAGGGCGUAGUCUGAUAAAAUCAAAGGAUCUGUUAAAACAGAAGUACUUAUUUGCAAAAGCUGGCUAUCCUCUAAGGCGGUCUCAGUCUUUGCCGACCACCUUACUGAGCCCAGUUAGGGUUGUGUCCUCUGUUAAUGUCCGGUUAUCUCCAGGAAAAGAGACAAGAUGCAGUCCACCUUCCUUCACCUAUAAAUAUACACCUGAAGAUGAGCAGGACUUGGAAACAGGAGCUGUUGAGCAUGACAGUCAGUCUUUAGUUAAAUCCACUAUUUUCAUCUCUCCAUGUACAAAGAAAGAAGAAGCAUCGCAUAGUGAGAUGAACCGGCUGGAGGAAUGCCAUCCUAGAAAGACUGCUGCUGGCUUACACUUCUCUCCAGCACCCAUCUCUCAGUCUACCUGCUCCCUUCACUCUGUCCACUCAGAGUGGCAGGAAAGGCCCCUGUGUGAGCACAUGAGAACUCUAAGCACUCACAGUGUUCCCAACAUCUCAGGUGCCACUUGUAGUGCCUUCACUUCCCCUUUCGGGUGUCCUUACGCACACAGACAUGCCACCAACCCUUACCGAACAUGCUCUGUGAAUCCUCCUUCUGCUAUUGAAAUGCAGCUGCGAAGAGUGUUACACGAUAUUAGGAACUCACUGCAGAAUCUUUCCCAGUAUCCCAUGAUGAGAGGACCUGAUUUUGCUGCUGCUCCAUACAGUACUCCGAAAUCAUCUGUUCUACCUCUUUAUGAAAAUACUUUGCAGGAGCUCCAAGUGAUGAGGCGGAGCCUGAAUUUGUUUAGAACACAAAUGAUGGAUUUAGAAUUGGCAAUGCUCCGUCAGCAAUCAAUGGUUUAUCAUCACAUGACUGAGGAGGAAAGGUAUGAGGUUGAGCAGCUGCAAAGUUUGAGAAAUUCAGUCCGAAUGGAACUUCAGGAGCUGGAGCUGCAACUGGAGGAGCGCCUGCUGGGUCUGGAUGAGCAGCUGCGUGUGGUGCGCCUGGCUUCCCCCUUUCGCUCCUCAGCACUUGUGGGAAUGUGUGGCAGUAGAAGUGCCGACAACUUGUCAUGUCCUUCUCCAUUGAAUGUAAUGGAACCAGUCACUGAGCUGAUCAGAGAACAGUCAUACCUGAAGUCUGAACUGGACUUGGGGCUUGGAGAAAUGGGAUUUGAAAUUCCUCCUGGAGAAAGCUCAGAAUCUGUUUUCUCCCAAGCAACAUCAGAGUCAUCAUCCGUGUGUUCUGGUCCUUCUCAUGCUAACAGAAGAACUGCAGCAGCUCCCAAUGACUCAGUAGGCAGACCUAAAACUCAGUUAGUGGCAAGAAAGAAAGUAUUCCGAGCAUCAGUGGCCAUAACACCCACUGCGCCUUCUAGAACAGGCUCUGUGCAGACUCCUCCAGAUCUAGAAAGUUCAGAGGAAGUUGGAGCAGCUGACGAAGCCUCAGAAGUUGUUGGAAUUAAGUGUGAAGUAGAAGGGCAGGGGCCAGCUGCUGAGGAAAUACAUAAAAAUGUUGAGCAAGAUGAGUUGCAGCAAGUUAUACGAGAGAUUAAAGACUCUAUUGUUGGAGAAAUAAGACGAGAAAUCGUAAGUGGACUUUUGGCAGCAGUAUCUUCCAGUAAAGCAUCUAAUUCUAAACAAGAUAGCCAUUAAGUGGAAUGACAGGUUAGCAUGGACCCUGUUAGCUGUGUAGUCUUGGAGCUGUCGAUGGUGUACGCUGUGGAGAAAUUACUUGGGCUUCAGAAGAUACUUGCUGCUGAGCAGGGCUGCUCUAGACAACAUACCAUGUUUAUUUUCUCUACAUAUUCUUUAAAAGCAUGCAUAGAUGCUUAGGCACUUUGCUAAUGUUUCUUUCAUAAACUCUCAAAAGUGGUUCAAAAGCCUAAUAUUUAUUUGUAUGUCUUCAUUUUCCCAGUUGAUCCCAUAGGUAGAAUUAAUUAUAAAACUUGAAGACUUCCAGACUUAACACAUAUAUAACAUAUUUCUUCAGACUAGCUUCUUAAAACACUGACCUCUAUGAGGUAUGUACUGUGCAAUAACUGAUUCAUUUUUUGAGAGCUUGAAGCAACCAAUGAUUUUUUCCCUCCACUGCUGUUAGUCUUUGUCACUUCCAAGAAGAAAAACUGUCCUGUUGUAAAAAUUACUCUGAAUUCUUGAGGAGGUUACUAAUAGCAGUGGGAUAGAAUGAUAUGAGGGUUACCUGUAACUACUUAUGUUCUUACACUGUAAGCCUUGAUGCUUUAUCCAAUACUAAUGUAAUUUUAUUAUAGCUUACAAAGUAAUUUCCUUCUGGAAAAAUGUGCCUUAUGUUAAACACUAUGUACUUUUUGCAUUGUCCAGACUUCUUUAUUAUAAGGAGAUGUUUCUUCUUCUGUCCUUCAGACUAAAUCGUAGAGUUUCAUAAAAAAUAAUUGGGUCUAUGACUUGAAUGGUUAGAACUGAAUAAGCUGGUUUUGUUUUGGUCAAAUGGAAGUCAUUUAGUUUUGUUCUCCUUCUACAUAAAUGGUUUUAAAUUCAAGUUUAACCAAUGAAAACUGUUUUUUUUUUUUUGAAAAAAAUAGAUUAUUUGGUUUGUAUGUGUUGAAUAAAUGUAUAAAAUAACUAAAUAUUAUUGGAAUUAUUUUAGCAUUUAUAAUUUUCAGCUGUUGUGAAACUUUAAUCAAAAGUGGUUGAGGUGUUAACAGUGUUCUUUGAAAGAAUAUCUAAAAGUUUUAUAAGUGUUUGAAAUACCACUCAAAGGCUGAUUUCUAAAAAAAAAUUAAAACAAUAAAGUAUUUAUUUUGCCUAAGAUGUUGUUUCUUUUCUUGAACUGUAGCAUGAAGAAUUUGGGAUUAGAUUUAAUAUUGAACAAACUGGACGACCGUAGCAUUUUACCUUGUAGGUUGAAUCAGGUUGGUCCUAGAGAGGCUUCCAUUAUGCUUU